GUGAUCGGGAUUAUAAUUCGAGUUUGGAGGGGGAUGGGUUGGGAUGGUCAGCUUCUCCCCUCCGGAUACCUGCUGGAAUCGGGGAGAGCUGCCACCCCUCUCACCCUCGCGUUCCCUGGAGGUAGAGAGAGAGGCGUCCCACUGGCCUGGAGCCCAGCAGGCCUGGAUACAGUUGGGCGAAUGAGGUGACCAUGGCCUUGCUGGGGAAGCACUGUGACAUCCCCACCAACGGCUGCUUUGCCCACAAGGACGAGCUCAUCAACAGCUUGGUGUCCGCCUUAGACUCCAUGUGUUCUGCGCUCUCCAAGCUGAACACGGAGGUGGCCUGCGUGGCGAUACACAAUGAGAGCGUCUUCGUGAUGGGCACUGAGAAGGGGAGGAUGUUCUUGAGCGCUCGGAAGGAGCUCCAGUCAGACUUCCUCAGGUUCUGCCGGGGACCCCUAUGGAAGGAUCCAGAAGCAGGACACCCUAAAAAGGUGCAGCGCUGCGAAGGAGGUGGCCGGAGCAUCCCGCGGUCCUCGCUGGAACAGUGCUCGGAUGUGUACCUGCUGCAGAAGAUGGUAGAGGAAGUGUUUGAUGUUCUUUAUAGUGAGGCUUUGGGCAGGGCCACCGUUGUACCUUUGCCCUAUGAGAGGCUGCUCAGGGAGCCAGGGCUACUGGCGGUGCAGGGCUUGCCCGAGGGCCUGGCCUUCCGGCGGCCAGCGGAGUAUGACCCCAAGGCGCUCAUGGCCAUUUUGGAGCACAGCCACCGAAUACGGUUUAAGCUCAGGAGGCCUCCGGAGGAUGGUGGGCGGGACUCAAAGCCGCUGGUGGAGAUGAACGGCGUCUCCCUGCUGCCUAAGGGGCCCCGAGACUGCAGUCUGCAUGGCCAAGCCUCCAAGGCCGUUCCCCAGGACCUGCCCCCCACUGCCACCCCUUCCUCCAUGGCCAACUUCCUGUACAGCGCCUCGAUGCCUAACCACGCCAUCCGGGAGCUCAAGCAGGAGGCACCCACCUGCCCACUGACCCCCAGUGACUUGGGCUUGGGCUGGCCUGUGCCUGAGCCCCAAGCCCCCAGUGCCCAGGACUUCGCCGACUGCUGUGGACAGAAGCCCGCGGGGCCGGCGGGGCCUCUCCUCCAGAACGUCCACGCUUCCAAGCGCAUCCUCUUUUCCAUCGUGCACGACAAGUCAGAGAAGUGGGACGCCUUCAUCAAGGAGAUGGAGGACAUCAACACGCUGCGGGAGUGCGUGCAGAUCCUGUUUAACAGCAGAUACGCGGAAGCCCUGGGCUUGGACCACAUGGUCCCUGUCCCUUAUAGGAAGAUUGCCUGUGACCCUGAGGCUGUGGAAAUUGUGGGCAUCCCGGACAAGAUCCCCUUUAAGCGGCCCUGUACUUACGGGGUGCCCAAGCUGAAACGGAUUCUGGAGGAGCGACACAGCAUUCACUUCAUAAUCAAGAGGAUGUUUGAUGAUCGUAUUUUCACAGGGAACAAGUUUACCAAAGACCCAAUGAAGAUGGAGCCAGGCAGCCCAACAGAAGACACUCCCACAGAGGUCUGUAGGGACACCAUGCUGGACCUGGCUGGGACUGCCUGGUCAGACAAGAGCAGCGUCUCUGAAGACUGUGGGCCAGGAACCUCAGGAGAGCUAGGAAUGUUGAGGCCCAUCAAAAUCGAGCCAGAGGAGCUGGAUAUUAUUCAGGUUACUGUUUCGGAUCCUUCACCAACCUCUGAGGAGAUGACUGACUCGUUACCUGGCCAUCUGCCUUCAGAGGAUUCUGGUUAUGGGAUGGAAAUGCCGGCUGACAAAGGCCCCAGUGAGGACCCAUGGCCAGAAGAGAGGCCAGCAGAAGAGAGCCCUGGAGAUGUGAUCCGGCCCCUGAGGAAGCAGGUGGAGAUGCUGUUCAACACAAAAUAUGCCAAAGCCAUUGGUACCUCAGAGCCAGUCAAGGUGCCCUAUUCCAAGUUCCUGAUGCACCCCGAGGAGCUGUUCGUCCUGGGACUGCCUGAAGGCAUCUCUCUCCGAAGACCCAACUGCUUUGGGAUUGCCAAGCUGCGGAAGAUUCUGGAGGCUAGCAACAGCAUCCAGUUUGUCAUCAAAAGACCUGAACUGCUCACUGACGGUGUCAAAGAACCUGUUGUGGACACUCAAGGCAUUUCCCCACUGCCCCUGUCGGGUUUGCCCCCUCGAUGCCACCUGAGACCCCGGGUGCUCCCUCCUCACCUGCCUUCUCUCCCCACCCCACCCCCAGAGAGGGACUCCUGGGACCGUCUUGUGGACGAGACCCCGAAGAGACAGGGACUUCAAGAAAAUUACGACACCAGACUCUCACGGAUCGACAUCGCCAACACACUUAGGGAACAAGUCCAAGACCUGUUUAACAAGAAAUAUGGUGAAGCCUUGGGCAUCAAAUACCCAGUGCAGGUACCCUAUAAGCGAAUCAAAAGCAAUCCGGGCUCGGUGAUCAUCGAGGGCCUGCCUCCCGGGAUCCCGUUCCGCAAACCCUGCACCUUCGGCUCCCAGAACCUGGAAAGGAUCCUCUCUGUGGCUGACAAGAUCAAGUUCACCGUCACCAGGCCAUUCCAAGGACUCAUCCCAAAGCCUGAUGAGGAUGAUGCCAACAGACUCGGGGAGAAGGUGAUCCUCCGAGAGCAGGUGAAGGAGCUCUUCAAUGAGAAAUACGGCGAGGCCCUGGGACUGAAUCGGCCUGUGUUGGUCCCUUAUAAACUGAUCCGGGACAGCCCAGAUGCCGUGGAGGUGAAAGGCCUCCCGGACGACAUCCCCUUCCGGAACCCCAACACCUAUGACAUCCAUCGGCUGGAGAAGAUCCUGAAGGCCAGGGAGCAUGUGCGGAUGGUUAUCAUCAACCAGCUUCAACCUUUUUCGGAAGUCUGCAACGACUCCAAGGUGCCAGGGAGUUCAGGAGGCCGACACAGGACGGCCCCCGCCAUCCGGCCUCAGCAACUGUUUCUUCCACCAGCCAAAGACAACAUUCCCAAGCGCAAGAGAAAGCGGGUCUCUGAAGGCAACUCGGUCUCCUCCUCUUCCUCCUCCUCUUCAUCCUCAUCCUCUAACCCAGAGUCUGUGGCAUCCACCAACCAGAUCUCCCUCGUGGUAAAGUCACGCAGAUCCGAACUUCACCCUAAUUCUUUGUGGCCUUUGGCCCUCCCUCGGGCAGGGCCACCCACACCUCCAGCAACUGGGAGGCACUGGGCUCUGAGAGGGACUCAGCCAACCACGCAGGCGCACGCACAGGCGCAGAUGCAUCCACCUGUUUUGCCCACAAGAUAAACUGAGGGUCUGUGCAGCCAGCGCAGUGCUUGGAAUGUGGUUGUCACCAGCCAUGUGUGUAAAUAAGGACAGCAGGAGCCAGAGGGUAGAUGGUCACAUGACAGAAAGCCGCCUUGCUGAGUUUGGCCCUUUCCUGUUUCAGAGGAAAACUCCUAUAAAGAACCGGGUAUGGCGGCUAUGCCUUUAGUCCCAGUAGUGGAGAGAAGGAGAGUCGGAAAUUCUAGGCCAGCUGGGGCUAUGCCAAACCGGGUACUGGGAGUGUGGCUCAGUGCGCAGGGUGCUUGCCUUACCUGCAUGGAGCCUUGGGUUAUAUUCCCCAUAAACUGGACCUCGUGGCACACACCUGUAAUCCCCACACUGGAGGGAAAGGCUGGAGGACCAGAAGUUCAAGUCAGCCUCAACUACGUGGGAAGUUUGAGGCUUGCCUGGGUUAGCUGAGACUCUCAACAAAAAACUAUUGAAAGCAAAAAAGACCGGUUUUAGGAUUUCCAGAUGCUUGCUGUGCCCCUCCAACCCUCUCUGGAUACUCACGAAAGCCCAGACUUUUCAUUUUUCCCUUGCCUUUGUUUGUAUCGUUGAUAGCUCCCUCCUUUCACCCUGAGAGGUGGGACGGUACCUCUGGGGUGAAGCUGGGUGUUUGGAGUUUACUACCGCUGCCGACUCAGCCUUCGCUGGUGUCUACUCUCCAUGCUGAGCCCCUGGUGGGGACAGUCACCAGGCUCUCCUGAGCAACCUGGGCGAGCCCUCCUGUCCUCUCAGGGGCUUCAUAAGUGACGUUUGAGUUCACCCUCAAAGAAAGCACGCUGACUGUUCUGGAAGUCCUUCCAUGACACCUGGAGUCCUAACCUGGUCCCUCUGUCCCCUCUCUCUAGCAGUGGCCAGUGUACAUGGUGGACUAUUCCGGACUAAACGUGCAGCUUCCGGGCCCCCUUGAUUACUAGACCUCAGAGCCGAAUCAGGACCUCACCUCAGAAAGACUUAAAGGAAAUGUAAUUUAUGUACAAAGUAUAUUCGGAUAUGUAUCGAUGCCUUUUAGUUUUUCCAAUGAUUUUUACACUAUAUUCCUGCCGCCAAGGCCUUUUUAAAUAAGUAAAAAGAAAAAAAAA